GGCGCUGGGCCCGCCUGGAAUGCGGGAGCAGGCUGCGCACCAGGACUUUUAUGGAAACUUGCUGCUGGAGACGGCGGCGGCGGCCAGAGGACUCCCAGCGGCUGGAGCAGAAGAGUUAGCGGCCAGAGCUCCCAGACCCCUACCCACAGCCGGGCAGGACGCGCACUGUCUCUCCGCGCAAAAGGAGGACCUUCGCCAGUCACUGGCUCCUGGAGGGUACAAAAAUAUACAGAGCUUCAUAAUCAGCCCAAGACCACAUAGAGCAAACAUGAAUGAUAUUUCCCAAAAGGCUGAGAUUCUGCUUUCUUCAUCUAAACCUGUCCCAAAAACCUAUGUACCAAAACUUGGCAAGGGUGAUGUAAAGGAUAAGUUUGAAGCCAUGCAGAGAGCCAGGGAAGAAAGAAAUCAAAGGAGAUCUAGAGACGAAAAGCAAAGAAGAAAAGAACAAUAUAUUAGAGAGAGAGAAUGGAACAGGAGAAAGCAGGAGAUUAAAGAAAUGCUUGCUUCUGAUGAUGAGGAGGACGCGUCUUCUAAAGUAGAAAAGGCUUAUGUUCCAAAACUGACAGGGACUGUUAAGGGUAGAUUUGCUGAAAUGGAGAAACAAAGACAAGAGGAACAAAGGAAGAGAACGGAGGAGGAACGAAAACGCAGAAUUGAGCAGGAUAUGCUAGAAAAGAGGAAAAUACAGCGUGAAUUAGCGAAAAGGGCUGAGCAGAUUGAGGACAUAAACAAUACGGGAACUGAAUCAACAUCAGAGGAAGGAGAUGAUUCACUACUUAUAACUGUGGUACCUGUCAAAUCAUAUAAAACAUCUGGAAAAAUGAAAAAGAAUUUUGAGGAUCUAGAAAAAGAACAUGAAGAGAAAGAAAGGAUCAAGUAUGAGGAAGAUAAAAGAAUAAGAUAUGAAGAACAACGACGAUCUCUCAAGGAAGCAAAGUGUCUUUCAUUGGUCAUGGAUGAUGAAAUAGAAAGUGAAGCAAAAAAAGAGUCACUUUCUCCUGGAAAGUUGAAACUAACUUUUGAAGAAUUGGAGCGGCAAAGACAAGAAAACCGGAAGAAGCAAGCUGAAGAGGAAGCAAGAAAACGUUUAGAAGAAGAGAAGCGUGCUUUUGAAGAAGCAAGGCGGCAAAUGGUAAAUGAAGAAGAGGAAAAUCAAGACAUAGCAAAAAUUUUUAAAGAGUACCGCCCUGGUAAACUCAAACUUAGUUUUGAAGAAAUAGAAAGGCAAAGGAGAGAAGAUGAAAAAAGGAAAGCAGAAGAAGAAGCCAGAAGGAGAAUAGAGGAAGAAAAGAAGGCAUUUGCUGAAGCAAGGAGAAACAUGGUAGUAGAUGAUGACUCCCCAGAGAUGUAUAAGACAAUCUCUCAAGAAUCUCUUACACCGGGAAAACUGGAAAUUAAUUUUGAAGAAUUAUUAAAACAAAAGAUGGAAGAAGAAAAACGACGAACAGAGGAGGAACGGAAGCAUAAGCUAGAAAUGGAGAAACAAGAAUUUGAACAACUGAGACAAGAAAUGGGAGAGGAAGAGGAAGAAAAUGAAACCUUUGGAUUGAGCAGAGAAUAUGAAGAAUUGAUCAAAUUAAAAAGGAGUGGCUCCAUUCAAGCUAAAAAUCUAAAAAGCAAGUUUGAAAAAAUUGGACAGUUGUCUGAAAAAGAAAUACAGAAAAAAAUAGAAGAAGAACGAGCAAGAAGGAGAGCAAUUGACCUUGAAAUUAAAGAGCGAGAAGCAGAAAAUUUUCAUGAGGAAGAAGAUGUUGACGUUAGGCCUGCAAUAAAAAGCGAGGCUCCAUUUACUCACAAAGUGAAUAUGAAAGCAAGAUUUGAACAAAUGGCCAAGGCAAGAGAAGAAGAAGAACAAAGAAGAAUUGAAGAACAAAAGUUACUACGAAUGCAGUUUGAACAAAGGGAAAUUGAUGCAGCACUACAAAAGAAAAGAGAAGAGGAGGAAGAGGAAGAAAACAGCAUCAUGAAUGGCUCCACUACUGAAGAUGAAGAGCAAACCAGAACAGGAGCUCCAUGGUUCAAGAAACCUCUUAAAAACACAUCAGUUGUAGACAGUGAGCCAGUCAGAUUUACCGUUAAAGUAACAGGAGAACCCAAACCAGAAAUUACAUGGUGGUUUGAAGGAGAAAUACUGCAGGAUGGAGAAGACUAUCAAUAUAUUGAAAGGGGAGAAACUUACUGCCUUUACUUACCAGAAACUUUCCCAGAAGAUGGAGGAGAAUAUAUGUGUAAAGCAGUCAACAAUAAAGGAUCUGCAGCUAGUACCUGUAUUCUUACCAUUGAAAGUAAGAAUUAA